ACUAAGUGAUUCAAAAGAACCGAGUCACCUGGAUGAAUCAAAAUCCAAUCCACUAGAAUGGAGAGGGUCAGGAAGAUCGGUGGGUGGGGUUAACCCUUUGUGGAAAAAAUUUAAGGAAUCACGUGUUCCGAGAUCAAAGGAGAGCCGCUUUGUACAGAGAGCGCGAGCAAUGCGAUAGUCCAGGCUGCAAUGCUGGAAUAAGCCACGACAUUCUUCCCAAGGACAAACUUUUCUUUUUAAUGAUCGCUAUUCUCACGUCGUACCAUCCAUUGCGGUUUUAUUUUUCUUUUCCAUGUUGUUUGUAUGUUUGGGAGGACGCGCUCUCCUCUCAAAUGUGAUUCUGAAUCGACACUUUUUUGAAGACCCUUGGAAAUUAUGUUCCGAUCGGCGCUGAUCCAACCGGCAAGAGGAUGAUUUCACCGAGGAGCGGGUUCGGUCGUGGUGCUGAUUCGGUGCUCUUGGUGUUGUUUGGGGUCUUGGGAAGCGUCCUAGCCAAGGAUACUGCCUUUGUGGAAGUUGUGCUUUUUGAGUCGAGCCCAAAUGGUGAUUAUACGACUUAUACGACAGGUCUGCAAGGGCGCUUCUCCAGAGCCGGGGCCACUAUCAGCGCAGAGGGCGAUAUCGUGCAAAUGCACCCUUUGGGCCUGUGUAACAACAACGAUGAAGAGGACCUGUACGAAUAUGGCUGGGUUGGAGUGGUCAAACUGGAGCAGCCCGAGUUGGACCCCAGCUGCCUUACUGUACUGGGCAAGGCGAAGAGAGCCAUUCAGAGAGGAGCCACCGCUGUUAUCUUUGACGUCUCAGAAAAUCCAGAUGCCAUCGACCAGCUGAACGAGGUUUCGGAGGACCCUGUAAAGAGGCCAGUGGUCUAUGUCAAAGGAGCUGAUGCGGUUAAACUGAUGAACAUAGUCAAUAAGCAAAAGGUUGCACGAGCCAGAAUCCAACAUCGACCGAUAAGGCCCACAGAGUAUUUUGACAUGGGAAUCUUCCUGGCGUUCUUUGUUGUGGUGUCUCUGGUCUGCCUCAUCCUCCUCAUCAAGAUAAAGCUCAAGCAAAGACGCAGCCAGAGCUCCAUGAACCGGAUGGCCAUUCAGGCUCUGGAGAAGAUGGAAACACGCAAGUUCAAGGCUAAGGUCAAGGGUCAGCGUGAGGUCAGCUGCAGAGCUUCAGACUCAGUGAGCAGUAGUUCCACACCAGACUGUGCCAUAUGCCUCGAGAAAUACAUCGAUGGCGAGGAGUUGAGAGUGAUCCCUUGUGCUCACCGAUUCCACAAGAAAUGUGUGGACCCUUGGCUACUUCAGCACCACACUUGUCCACACUGCAGGCACAACAUUAUUGAACAAAAAAAGGGAAACCCAGGCGCUGUUUGUCUUGAUCCGGGAAACCCAGUCCACAGCCGCCAGCAGAGAGUCGUCCUCCCUGUUCAUUAUCCGGGAAGGGUCCAGAGAGCUGGACAAGUGACGGCCUUCCCUACUCGGACCAGCAUUGACCCCCAUGGAAACCCCAUCACUGUUCUAACAGUGGACCAACACCCUGAGCAAGGCAUCUAUCCUCCACAAUCUUCCUUUAUACGGGGCUACCCUGCCCUCCACUUGGAGCACACGCUAAACCCGCACCAUUGCGGCCUGGAGCACCACGCUUAUCCGCAAAGCCAUACUUUCAAACGCCCCAAAUUCCACGGACGCAAUUUUUCUCGUGCAGCCUGCUAUUCCCAAUACGAGACCAUGUACCAGCACUACUAUUAUCAGGGCUUGACCUUUCCGCAAGCUGAUGGUCAGCAAGGUAACGGCCUCCACAAAGGUCACGGUCGACCCUUUCAGCCAGGACUUUUGUAUCCUACUGUGGUGCACAUGGCAGCUGCUUCCUCUUCCCGACUGGGUGACUCCGGAAGCUCCUCGGGACUUAGUUGUUAUCACGGGCAUCGCUCUGUUUGUAGCGGUUACCUUGCGGACUGUCCCGGAAGCGACAGCAGUAGCAGCUCGGGUCAGUGCCACUGCUCCUCCAGCGACUCCAUGUUGGAUUGCACGGAAGUCAGCAACCAGGGAGUGUAUGGGAGCUGCUCGACCUUCCGGAGUUCGCUAAGCAGCGAUUACGAUCCUUAUGUGUACCGCAGUAAGAGUCCGUGUCGGGGUUCGGCCGGGGAGGCUGGGACGGCGUUUGCUGCCACCCCUCAAACCGAUGAUACUUUGGCCCCGGUAUCAACUAUGAAGGACUGCUUGCAGCCUCCGACUGGAGAGUGUUACAGUUCUGGAGAUCAGUUGUCCAGCUGCAGCCUGGAGCCCAACUGUAGUAGCCACUCUUCGGUGGAAACCAGGGAACUUACUAGCACUACCUCAGCUGGGCCCUUAGAGGGCGCUCUGUUAGAAAGGAGCCACAGCUCUAUGAAGCCUUGUGGAGAGCAAGGGGUAGCUUGCAACUGCUGUUUUGAGGUACCCCAAUUAAACUUAGAGUGUAAAGGCAAGCAAGCAGAUGACCGGGGACACUGCAGGUGGACCACGGAGUCUUCCCCACCAAACUUUUACAGCGUUAACACUGAGCAGCUACCGUCUCCGGAUCACGUUACUUACGACGGGCUGCCAUGCUGCUUCUACACAGAGAUGACUGUGCACAGAGGAAGCGCUAGUCAUUACGCUGAAGAUUGUUCGGUUAAUGUACAGUACGCCCUGACGGACAGUGACGGCUGCAUGGGACAGGGCUGCUGCGAGUUAGCGCAGCGGAUACCCAUAAUUCCUGAGGAUACAGACUGUGAAUUAGGCUUGGGUCCAGAACCACAAACAAGUUUGCUCCCUCCUAGACUUCCUGUAGAGAGGGAGGAGAGAACUUCUGAGGAGCACUUGUUUUUUACCUCAGGACAAUGUAGAGGUCAAGUUGAGGAGACAAGAGCACUGUUUUCCUCGCAGUGUACCGGCGCGUCUGAAACACAAGGGGGCGGCAAAGCGUCCUUUGACGGAUCAGGGCUAUGAUAGGAAGCCCUAACACAACACAAGCUCUUGAAAAUCAAUAAAUGUUUAACAGUUUUUAUUUUGUUCAUUCCUGUGGCCUUCAGAAUCUGUCACAUCAACUCAAUAUUUAUAGAAGGCGAAAGCACAAAGCUAUAUUUUCCUCAUGCAGCACAAACUCAGAAAUGUGAGUCAUAUGGAUCAUCAUGAUAUUAUGCUUAAUUCUCGCCUGGAUUAAGACCAGGGGAAAUGUCUGUAAAUGUAUACGACUAACUUUUACAUUAUGACAAUUUAGAUUAUGGCGGAGUUCCAUGGUAUUAGCUACAAUGGUUUGAAUGAUCCUUGUACACAUAUUUCAUUCAGAAUUGCAUGCAUGUGUGCAGCACGAAGUCAAACAGCAUGUACGUAAAUCUCAGUCGACUAAAGGAUUUAAUUUAGAGAUAUUAAAACCAAAAUGGGACACUGCAUCUUGAGGGAGUACACAACAGGUGCUGAGGUAACUUCUCUGAAAACAUAACUAGGAAUAUGUUCGCCUCCCUCUUUCUCAUCACUUCUCAGGGCCUUAAUCGUGUACAGAAACAGACCAAUACAAAGCUUUUUAUUUAAUUUUUAUAUUCCUAAUCAAUGGAGACUACUGAGAUACUAUAUAUAUAUCACACCAAAGUUUAGUUUGUCUCCAGGGUUCAGUCAAAACACCACUGGUAGAAUUAGAACCUGACUACUUUAGGGUUAGAAGUGUAGGAUGUCUAAUAUUUGACCCCUAAUAUUUACAUUAAAAUUUUUUUUAUUAAAGCUAACAGUUUGUAAGAAAGACGCCAAAGUAUAAUGGUUUAAAGAGAUUGGAAUGCAGUGGUAUAUAUAUAUAUAUCAUAAAUUGCAUAAUUACCUUUAAUAACUACACAUUGCACUCAUGCUUUUACACAUGCAUCAUCAUAUCAUCAUGCCUUUCUGUUUUUACAGAGUAUUUUAUACUGUUUCUAUGAAAUGUACCCAUGCAGCUUACACAGGCGGUCAUUUUAAAAUAACUAUUUAUACAUAGACUAAACAAGAAUCUACUCUUGCUUUGCAUAGAGAUAUGUAUCGCAAAUAAACAAUUUUUGUAAUUUUUUUUUUUUUUUUUCUGGGUACUUGAGUCACUAUUUAAUAUUUCGUAUUGUUUGUAGCACUUAAGAUUGUAUAAAAGAAAAUGUGUACAAAAAGUAAUAUUUUUUAAAGAUAUAAUUAUUUUCUCCAGUAUCGUUUUACAAAUGUUAAAGGUUAGAGCUUGAUCCGUGUAUAUUUCUGUAUCUGUAUAGCAUCACAUUUCAUAAAUGGAAAUAUGUUCUCUGAAUAUUUAUUGACUAAUAUAUUUAUCUUCAAGCCAUGUCUUAUGUUCAGAGUGUCUGUGAGGUUGGUGGUGUUGUUUUUUGAGAGAACUAUGAGACUUUGUAAAUACAUGGUAAUUGCACACAAGACGAUUAAAUAUUCUCUGACCAAAAACUGA